AACAUAAAAGUGCCAAAGAACUUCUUCUUAAAAAUUCACCUUUUGAAUUUAAUGAUUAUCUUGACAAACGCAGACCUUACAAGGAGGAUACUUUUAAUGAAAAAGAAGUAUCUUCUCUUUCUGGUCUUUAUGAAGAAUUUAAGAAUAUUGUAAACCAACUAAAUAAAGAAGAUUUAAAACAAUUUAUCCUUAUCACUUCGAUCCAAAAUAUUGUAGUUUUCGAUCAAGUGAUGAUAGAUAAAAUUAAAAAUUUACCUAAAG